AUGGACGACUCCCUUUAUGACAGCGUUGCCAGCACCCGUGACAGCAUGCGACUAUCACGGGAAACUAUGGGAGGUGGCGGUGCGUUGGCUGUGUCUGGGAACGCUAUGGCACUGGGGAUCGUGGGCGGGAUUACUCAUAAGGAUGGGCCGUGGGUGGCCGGACGAGUCUCCGCCGCCACCUACGGAAGGCGCUGCCGCUUCCUCGUCUCCGGGCGCGGCGGCGGCGGCGGCGGGACCAAGGCCGCGGCUGGAGGGGAAUCCGAAGGAGGGCAGAGCUCCGCCACGACGGGCACGGGGAGUCACGAUGAGCCCCGCGCCGCCCUGGCUCCUUGCAGGUGGCUCUCGCAGGCGGUCGUGCGCUCUCCUUCCAAAUGCCCGCAGUUUCGCUUUACGGUUGUAGGGGCUGUUAGCGCUGGAUUGCUGGUUCCGGCAGUCCAGAUCGUGUCUGGGUUUCUGAGCGUGAAGAAGUGGCUGCUGCGUAAGAAGCACCAGAUUGAGCUGGCGAGGAAGCGCGGCUGGAAGGGCUACUGGGUAUGUCUGAAGGGCACGACGCUCCUGUUCUACCCGUGCGACUCGCGCGAGGGCCGCUCCGUGGAGGCGGCGCCCAAACAUCUCAUCAUCGUGGACGGCGCCAUCAUGCAACCCAUUCCCGAGCACCCGAAGAGGGACUACAUCUUCUGUCUUUCCACGGCUUUCGGAGACGCUUAUCUCUUCCAGGCCCCGUGCCAGGUCGAACUCGAAAACUGGGUAAACAGCAUUCACAGUGCUUGUGCCGCUGCUUUCGCUCGCCACCGCGGCAAGACCGGAACACUGCAUCUUCUCCAAGAGGAAAUUUUCAGAAUCGACCGCGCCAUAGAAUCGGACUCAAAGCUGAAGCACAUGGCUGAGUUGCAGCUGUCAGUGGUGUCUGACGCUGAGAGCAAACAGCAGAUUAUGGGGCAGAUCAAGCAGUGGGAGGAGAACCUAGAACGUCUACAUUGUGAACAAUUCCGCCUGCGGUGCUACAUGGCAUCUCUACAAGCAGGAGAACUGCCAAAUCCAAAGGGUCUCCUGACUCAUGUGUCACGCACAACCAAGACAACUCUGAAUCGUCUAGGUGUAUUCACAGUGAGCAGCUUCCAUGCAUACAUCUGUGCCCGCAGUCCUUCCCUGCUCAACAACCUCCUUGCAGGCAGAGGAGCAACUAAACGCAGGAACUGUUUGGAGAAUGCUGUGCAGGCACCCAUGUUAUCACGGAGCAACAGUGUGUCAUCACGAAGAUCCUUACAGAUGCAACAGCAACUUGAAGGUGAAAAGCAAUACAAAGUCAACCUUCCAGAUAAUCAGACUGUGACCAUUAGCAUAAAAGACUCCAUGACUGUGGAGGAAUUCCUGGUAGCAGCAAGUGGCAGGAAGAACCUUAACCCAAUGGAACACUUUGUGAGAGUCAAGAAACGUCGUGAGUUGGAGGAAACCAACUAUUUCGUCCCUCAUCGUACAGACCUCAUAGAGAACUAUUUGGCAACUCAUGAAGUAGUUGAGAUCUGCGCCAAGAUCCUGUACCAGGUGGAGUUGUCUCGCUCCUCACUUGAUCACAUGUGGGGCUUCAGUGUGGAGGCAGAGCUCAUUGAGAAUUCUGAGCGGCAGGAUGAACUUUGCUGCUACAUCUCCAGGGUGGAAGACAGAUCCACUGCCAUGCAAAAUGGCAUCAUCAAGGGAGAUGAGAUCAUGGUGAUCAAUGGUGCAAUUGUUAGUGACUUGGACAUGAUGUAUAUAGAAAGUGUUCUACAAGAGGAGCUUGCCCUCUGUCUCAUGAUGAGGUCUUCUCGAACGGAUCCACCAGACUUAGCCUCUUUAAUGAAGACAACAGACGAGAUCAUCGAGUCGUUAGUGUGUCCGCCGCCACCCACAGAGACCUCCCUGAAUGAGGAGAUGAUUUCCAGGAUGAUUGUCCCAGCACCAACAUGGAGCAAGGCCAUACUCCCUGGUAAGGAACCCGCAAGUCCGGAUGGCUUCCCUCCUCCCGCCUCGGAUACCUCGGAGCGAUCAAAUGUCUCAUCCUUGGAGAUUGAAAAUUUUCUUAGGCAGAACUCUGAAUUGAGUGGAUGCUGUCGGUCACCUGUCGAGCGGAGGUCAAGCCCCACGGGUUCCAUCGCCUCCACUCAGAGCCAGUCGCAGUUGACGCCCUCCCGCCAACUCAGCGACGGCGAGCGACUCAAGAAGGUCAUCCUGGAGCUUAUCGACACGGAAAGGAGUUACGUCAAGCACCUGAACAACCUCUUGGAGAAUUACCUGGAGCCCCUGAAGAGUGCAUCGUUCCUGAGUUCGGCCGAAGUCAAUGCGCUCUUCGGCAACAUCCGGGAGAUCGUGGCCUUCCAGAGGCUGUUCCUGCAGGCCCUUCAGGAGGCGCUCGACAUGGAGCCCGGCUUCUCCAAGUUCGACCAGCCCUACGAGUUUAAGAAUGUGCUGUUCUCCAUUGGCAGUGCUUUCCUCUACUAUGCCAGCCAGUUCAAGUUGUAUAGCUCCUUCUGCGCCUCCCACUCCAAAGCUCAAAAAGUCCUACAUCCUAAUUAUGCGUAUGCAAAGAACAAUGGGACUUAUCUUGAUAACGCUAUCAGCAAGGUGGUGUUUGCUGGAGAGCUACAUGCAGGCAGGUGUUUCAUAGCGACGGAGGCUCAGCGUGUAGGAGACAGCAGAAGGGAAGGCGAUGAAAACGAGGCUCCUCGUGGUGUCUCCUUUGCCCCAAACUUUUUCCAUCCAAAGGAGGCCCGCUUCUACGAAAUGACUGGAAGUGAAUGUUUUCUGAAUGGAAGUGAUUGCAGCCCUAAGGCCCUGAUGAGAUGUCUUGGCAAGGUGGUGUUUGCUGGAGAGCUACAUGCAGGCAGGUGUUUCAUAGCGACGGAGGCUCGGCGUGUAGGAGACAGCAGAAGGGAAGGCGAUGAAAAAGAGGCUCCUCGUGGUGUCUCCUUUGCCCCAAACUUUUUCCAUACAAAGGAGGCCCGCUUCUACGAAAUGACUGGAAGUGAAUGUUUUCUGAAUGGAAGUGAUUGCAGCCCUAAGGCCCUGAUGAGAUGUCUUGGGUGGGGACACCAGAUGGCCGUUCCCUCGGUGUGGGUGACCACGACAGGGACACUAGGAUACGAGCCGGGUUUACCAUAG